CACAGAACCGUCGAGACGCCGAAGCCUGUAGCUAGCUAUAGCUUUCUUCACAAGCCUAGCAAAGGCAUUCUUGCCCAAAUAUCGUGGUUGCGCAUGUCGAGUGUCUCGACGGUUGCAGGAUCCGGUAAGGAUCUCGCGAGCCAAUCUGUUUGUUCAACAGAAACGCGUUGUGAGCGGUUACCUGUACAAAAAUCAUGGAAGCCCUGGAUCAGAGCGUAUCAUGCAACGAGCGAUCUCCUCAAAUAUCCAUAUCCUGGACGGGGAACACAAGAAGAUCCAUUUGUGAUUGACUUCCUCCCUGGCGAUGUCGAGAAUCCACUCAAUUGGUCACAUGCAUACAAAUGGUUCGUGUCGAUGCUUGUAUCGAUUGCAUUGUUUGCCAUCUCUUUCGACUCCUCAGCGUAUGCAGGAGGACUCAAGGGUAUCAUGGAGGAAUUUGGUGUGAGCAUCGAGGUUGCAACAGCAGGCAUCUCACUCGUCUUGCUGGGUUUUGGGCUAGGCCCUUUGCUCUGGUCGCCACAAUCAGAAGUCUUUGGCCGACGACAGACGUAUGUCGUGACGUAUGGUGCUACAGUGUGCUUCCUUGCCGGCUCAGCAGGCGCUCAAAACAUUGAAACACUGCUGCUCAUGCGCUUCUUCACAGGUGCAUUCGGCGCGAGUCCGCUGGUCAAUGCAGCUGGCGUCGUUGGUGAUGUAUUCGAAGAGUCAAAGCGUGGCAUUGCAUUCAGCUACUUUGCAGCAGCACCCUUUGCUGGACCUGUUGUCGCGCAGAUUGUUGGUUCUUGGGUCGGUCAGAUUGAAGGCUGGCGAUGGGUGAUGGGCGUCAUGUGCAUAUUUACAUCCGUCAUGUGGAUCAUUGGUUGUUUGUUUGUGCCAGAAACGUAUCCGCCUGUUCUCCUUCGAGCUCGAGCAAACAAGAUGACAAAGGAGUCUGAGAGCUUGUACAUCUCUCGCUAUGAUGCAGCAAAACGUCUCGACCUCAAAGCACUCUACAAAGUAGCACUGCUACGACCUUGGGUCAUGCUCUUCACCGAGCCGAUCGUCACGCUCCUUUCAGUCUACACGGCCAUUGUCUAUGGAGUACUGUAUCUCUUCUUCACUGCUAUGCCUAUUGUCUUUCACCAAGAUCGAGGCUGGUCGCAAGGCAUCACGGGUCUCUCCUACAUUGGCAUCACUAUUGGUAUCUUUUGCGCCAUCUUGUACUCUGUCUGGGAUGACAAGCGAUACCAACGUUGUAUCGCGCGAGCUGCAUUGACGACAUUGCCAGGUCAAAAGCCAAGAGCGCCGCCAGAGUCACGAUUACCACCUGGUAUGAUUGGCAGUGUCAUGAUGCCCAUUGGUCUCUUCAUAUUUGCCUUUACCAAUCGCAAAGAAAUCCACUGGAUUGUGCCAAUUAGUGCAACUGCUUUGUUUGGUUGGGCUGAAGUGGCCGUCUUUCAAUGCAGUCAGACGUAUCUGGUCGAUUCGUAUGGGUUGUACAGUUCGUCUGUUUUGGCUGGCAGCACACUCCUUCGGAGUCUUGUCGGCGCAGCAUUUCCACUCUUUGGAACAAAACUUUACACAGCACUUGGCAAUCAAUGGGCCUCCUCGAUACCGGCAUUCUUGGCAUUGGCAUGUGCACCAUUCAUGUUUGUCUUUUACAAAAAGGGACCAGAAAUUCGUCGACGAUGCAAAUACACUGCCGAGGCAGAUAGAGUGUUUCACGAGUCAUUCAAGGCAGAUUUAUCAGGGGUGCCUGAUUUACAACGGAAACGUACAAGGGACGAAAUGCAUGAAUUGCAUAGGGUUGUGAGUGUAGUCUGAAGGGUGGCUUAUUGUAAAUUCUAGCCAUAUAUCAAGCAUUUAAUGAAGU